CAGUAGUCUUCCUUUCCUCCAUUAGGUGAGUGCGUGGUAAGAGCGCGCUGCGUCGCUCUCUUUAUAUUUGUCGAAAAACUCCUUGUUUCUUUACAUAAAAAUACGCAUAUUGUUCUUUAAAACUAUUAUUAUUGUGUAUAUUACAGAUCGCAACAAUGGGCCGCCGUCCAGCCCGUUGCUACAGAUACUGUAAGAACAAGCCUUACCCCAAGUCCCGUUUCUGUCGAGGUGUUCCUGAUCCUAAGAUCAGGAUCUUCGACUUGGGCAGGAAGAAGGCUAAGGUGGAUGAGUUCCCCCUGUGCGGUCACAUGGUAUCUGAUGAGUAUGAGCAGCUGUCCAGUGAAGCUCUUGAGGCUGCCCGUAUCUGCGCCAACAAGUACAUGGUGAAGACCUGCGGUAAAGAUGGUUUCCACAUCCGUGUGCGCCUGCACCCUUUCCAUGUCAUCCGCAUCAACAAAAUGUUAUCCUGUGCCGGAGCUGAUAGGCUCCAGACUGGUAUGCGUGGUGCUUUCGGUAAGCCUCAGGGCACAGUGGCCCGUGUGUGCAUUGGCCAGGUGAUCAUGUCCGUGCGCACAAAGGCCCAGAACAAGGAACAUGUGAUCGAGGCUCUGAGGAGAGCAAAGUUCAAGUUCCCUGGCCGUCAGAAGAUCCACAUCUCCAAGAAAUAUGGCUUCACAAAGUUCAAUGCCACUGACUUUGAUGACAUGCUGGCGGAGAAGCGUCUGAUCCCUGAUGGAUGUGGGGUGAAAUACAUCCCCAGCCAUGGACCCCUGAGCCGCUGGAAGGCCCUGCAUGCCAACUAAGAACCACACACUUCAGUGCAUCUGUGUGAACCAAGGCUCUAAUGACCACAAAUAAAGUCCACUUUGAUUUAC